UGACAAGAAGUCUUUAUUGUAACAUCCAGUCAUGGAUAAAAAUGAGCUGGUGCAAAAGGCCAAACUGGCCGAGCAGGCUGAGCGCUAUGACGACAUGGCAGCCUGCAUGAAGUCUGUAACUGAGCAAGGAGCUGAAUUAUCCAAUGAGGAGAGGAAUCUGCUCUCGGUUGCUUAUAAAAAUGUUGUAGGAGCCCGUAGGUCAUCUUGGAGGGUCGUCUCUAGUAUUGAGCAAAAGACGGAAGGUGCUGAGAAAAAGCAGCAGAUGGCUCGAGAAUACAGAGAGAAAAUUGAGACCGAGCUAAGGGAUAUCUGCAAUGAUGUACUGUCUCUUUUGGAAAAGUUCUUGAUCCCCAAUGCUUCACAAGCAGAGAGCAAAGUUUUCUACUUGAAAAUGAAAGGAGAUUACUACCGUUACUUGGCUGAGGUUGCUGCUGGUGAUGACAAGAAAGGGAUUGUGGAUCAGUCACAACAAGCAUACCAAGAAGCUUUUGAAAUCAGUAAAAAGGAAAUGCAACCAACGCAUCCUAUCAGAUUGGGUCUGGCCCUGAACUUCUCUGUGUUCUACUAUGAGAUUCUGAACUCCCCGGAGAAAGCCUGCUCUCUUGCAAAGACCGCUUUUGAUGAAGCUAUUGCUGAGCUUGAUACAUUAAGUGAAGAGUCAUACAAAGACAGCACACUAAUAAUGCAAUUACUGAGAGACAACUUGACAUUGUGGACAUCGGAUACCCAAGGAGAUGAAGCCGAAGCAGGAGAAGGAGGGGAAAAUUAACCAACCUUCCAACUUUUGUCUGCCUCAUUCUAAAAUUUACACAGUAGACCAUUUGUCAUCCA